AAUCGAGGGAAAAAAAGAGAGCCAGCGAUUAGAGUGAAGUAGUGGCCUAGGAGAGCCAAACCUAUGGCUUCUUCUUCCUCGUCAACUCUCCUCCUCCUCUCGCCUCUACCUCUAUCCGAUCUCUCUUAUAAACCCCUCCGCCCUCACUACCCCCACUUCCUCCUCCCCCACUGCCACGAACGCCACCGCCGACGCCGACGACUCCUUACCCGCGCCAAAAAAGGCCGUGGCGGUGGCGACUCUGCCGAGCCGCCCGACCGUAUCAUUUCCGCCGUCUGCUACCUCUACCCUUUCCUCGACGGCGUCCAUUUCGGUCGCUUUCUUCUCGCCCAGUUCCCGCCUAUUCAACUCAUCAUUUUCCCCUUCGCCCCUGCCAUCCGCCUCUUUAGCGCUUCACCUCUCAACCCUUUCCUUAUCUUUCUCACCCUCUAUUUCGCCGUAGUCCGUAACCCCUCGUCCUUCAGCCGUUACGUUCGCUAUAACACGAUGCAGGCCAUCGUCCUCGACGUCCUCCUCAUCUUCCCGGAUCUCAUAGAGCGCUUCUUCGCCCCACGAGAUGGCGUCGGCCUCGACAUAGUCAUGUCCAUUGACAGCACCGUCUUUCUCUUCCUCCUCAUCAGCAUGAUAUACGGAUCCACCACUUGUCUUUUGGGCCAGGUGCCUCGUCUCCCCAUCGUUGCGGAUGCUGCUGAUAGGCAGGUAAUGUGAUUGACCUGCUUCGAAGUUUUAUUGUACUGGCGAACAAGUAAAAUUUUGCCCUUUCUUGUAUUGAUCAAUAUUUUUUAUAAACAUACAAGUCUAUAUUGUUAUUUUCUUGCUACAUUCAACAAUUGAACUUGGUUCAUUGCACUGUUGUGAUGGUAGUCUUUCAUUUAUCUGGAAUGCCUAUAUUUGCUUUGAA